UCAUAUAAGGUGGACUACUCUUGAAUAACGUUGCGUUUCUCGUUGCUUAGAGAUGCAACGUAAACAUUACAUUGUUCCCGAUUUAACGUUAACUAUCAGUUUAUGAUAUUUAGUCAACUAUUCGUGCAAAAUGUAUAGUCGAAAUUCAGACCGCCUACCUACGACAAGUACAACUGACAACCCCAUCAUCUUCCAGCAAGUGACUAUGGACACUAGCCAGCAAUGGGUGCCAAUUGGCAAAUCACUGUGCAAUCUGAAAAACAUAUUAGCCGUGUCAGUAGAAUCAUCUACUUCGGGUGCUUCGUCAAUUCCCAACCAUCUUCCCAGACGGUCAACGACCAGUCGAAAUUCAACAGGGUAUAGAACAAGAAAACUGAAACGUUUUGGAAUAUCUAGUAAAUUUGAUGACCAUAGUGCUUCUGGAAUAACUCAAAAUAACAACUAUGCUUUACGACACAUGACUUCGUCAUGGUACCAGAAUGCAAAAAGGUAUUCACGAGUUGUAGCUUUAGAGGAACGCUUUGCUUCACGUGAAGGCAUUGUAUAUGCAGAUCCUUGGAAUUCAAUUAUUGAAGAAUAUGACCCAUGGCUUAACGUGUGCAACACUAGCAAAGCUGAUAAAGGUUCAAACGCGCGCGUUAAUUUACCAAACAAGUCGGAUACCAGCAUCUGUGACGUAAAACUGUCUUGGACCCCAGCAGCAGUCUUCGAAGGUGUUCAGACGAUCUAUGGCAUCGUAAUACCUUCUUCCGCUGAUACCACGGAUGACGUCACUACAGAGUUACCACUGGACAUAACCGAGUUAACAGCCCAGCUAACCGUCUCGUGUCAUACUGCCCUCCACUGCAUUGAUCCCGAGGCAUACCAGAGUGACUUCGUUAAACCAGUAGCCGAGUCCGCUUCUACCCGUGAUGCUGCUAGGUCUUCAGGUCACCUACAAGUGGACGAAGCAGACGUGGGGUCGUCUGCUGCUGACGAGGACAGAUACUGUCAGUGGAUUGUCGACGAGUGGUUAGAUCAGAUUCGAGUAGCUGUGUGUGGCGACACUCCAGAACAGGCUGACAAUCCAGUGGAUCAGACAACAAAAAGGAAACAUCAAAAUGAAGCUACUGUCAAAUCUGAGUCUGAGGAGCUUAAAGACAUUUUUACAAGACUGCAGUCUCGGGAACACAAAUGGAGUUCUAUGGAAUUGUAUGAACUUAAUCAAAGUCAGCUGGUUUUGACUAACAACAAAAUGGAUACGAAAAAAACUAGAUUGACAAGGCAUAGACAGAAACGAAAUAUUGGAGAUUUGUUUCAAAAUAAAGAAUCGCCACCUACCAAAUUCUUUAAAUUUGAAAAUGGUAAAACCUUUCAAUAUAUGUAAAAUAAUCAUCCUUCUCUUUAUGAAUUAUUUUGUUUUAUUUUGAAAAUAUGAAGUUAUUAUUCUUCAUUGUAUGCUUGUUUUUGUAAAUAAAAAGUGCUAUACUA